AUGAAUUCUCUAGUAGGAGAAGGACUACGUAAUGAAGGUUCGGACUAUGAUGUUCCUUGUAUUGGUUUGUGCUGUUGGCCACCUUCACGAGUUAUUAUUCGAAACAAUAAUAAUGUAGCUGAUCAUAAACGACAUGAUAUGAUAUCAUAUUUGUCAGAUGAUGGUCAAACAAAAAGAGAUGGUGAUGAUACUCCAAUAGUUGCAUUACUGCUCGGUGGCAAUUCUACAACAUUAAGCGCAUUAUGUUGUUACUUGAAGCAAGGCACACCAAUCGUUAUUGUUAAAGUAUGA